AAUACUCCACAUUUACCAACUCACCAAAAUCAGACGUCACGUCACGCUUCUGAAAGAUUUUCAGUAUUGCAGUCGUUGAUCCAGUUUAUGUAGUUGAGAUCACUGGCGAAAACAAAUCCUGCAGCCCCAAUCCACACCAAACACCAGACCGAAAAACAUGUAACAGCAGUCGUUUAGCGGCAGUCAUUUAGCAGGCACUCACAGAUAACAUUGAUAGCGGAUGUAAAAUACUCAACAUUAACAUUGUAUUAAAGUCAUACAUGUGGAUUGAUUUGAUUCAUUUUAACACAAGAUUUAUAAAAUUAUGAUUUUUACAACUGGCUGCCCUGAACGACAAAUGAAUAUCGAAUAUCCUGCGAAUAUCUACUUGCGGUGCCAAGCAGUGUUUUUUCGUUGGUUUUGGUGUGCCGCCGCGAGAAUGUAAAUGGCUAUCGAAAAUGGAUACGUAACUGUCAGUUGUUAGUUUGCAGUCUUCAUUUCGAUUAAUUGUGUUAUUCUAUACUAUAAUGAGUAAAUAUAAAAUUGAAGCAUUGACCGGCCAUCUAAUUGAGGCUUUAGAUUCCAAAGAUUCCCCUGAACUCUACGUGGAAGACUUCCAUCAGUCUGUUUUAAAGUACAAUCCUUCAGGACAGACUGUAACUUCUCAGAAGUAUCUCAGUCAGUUAACAAAGCUGAGCCCAAACCCACAACAAUUCACUGCAAAAUACGAUGAACUCAAGGAGCGAAAUGUUGACCAUCUCCAGCAUUUUGUUCAGCUGUUGUCUUUAAUUGCUGAAGAUAAGAAACUUAAGCACUUUUUGCAUAAAAAUGCUAAGAAAACAAAUGAAAGUAAACCAACUGAAAAUAUGAGGAUGAUAGAUGUUCCUCGAGUAGUCAAUAAGUUAAAGCAAGUUGCAAAAUAUUCUAAAGAGAAUGAAGACAAGGAUCGAAAGAAAAAAACUCAGGAUUCUGCUGUCAGUAUAUUUAAGCCUAUUCGGCCAACGCCUACCCCUGACAUGAGUUUGGAUUUCAGCACAAAUUUGUUCAUUGAACCAUUCCCACCAAACUUGGGUCCUGUACCAACAUGUUCUCAGGAAGGAAUUCUCAUUGAAGAUUUGUUGUGUUGUUUGGAAGGCGUAGAAGGCAAUUACAUUGUCCCUAAACCAUUGUCGGAGAAGUAUGGUCAACGCCACUUCAUCAUCAGUGACGCUAUUGAUCCAGCGUUGGAAAAAUUGCUGUUGAACAUCUUACCUGUAGCAUCUGAUUAUUCAAUGGUUGUACGUUUCAUUGAAGAGCAUCGCCACUUUGACUGUGGGCAAGUGAACCAUGCCUUGGCAGCAGCUAUGUUGACACUGGUCAAAGAUUACAGGGUAUUUGUAACUCAGCUGGAGUCACUGAGUCACAAGAACUUUUUCAGUUUGUCGAAAAUGAAUUACUACCUGCAGCCCAUGAAGCUUCUAAUGGAUAUCCUGGCCAAAAUUGCCAGUGCAGUGGGCAAAUCUGGUGCUCGAGGUGGCAAAGUACUCAGUUUGUUACAUGAACAAACCGCUAUGUGUAUGGGAAACACCAAAAGCCAAGAAUUGUGUUUAUAUUUGACUCAAAAGGCAUGUGUUCCAUACAUGGAAAUGUUGGAGAAAUGGUUGUAUAAAGGAGUUAUAUAUGAUCCACAUCAUGAGUUUCUGGUUGAGGAUAAUGAGGUUCAUUAUGAAGAUGCUCCAAGAAUUUAUUCAGCUGAUUAUUGGGAGAAACGAUACAAUGUAAGUAGGGAAAGAAUACCUGUGUUUUUGGAACGAAUGGCUGAUAUGAUCCUUCGAACUGGGAAAUACCUCAAUGUCAUUCAGCAGUGUGGUAAAAAUGUCAAACCACCAAAGGCUGAACCACUUGUCUAUGCCAUCACAGAGAGGCAAUAUGUUGAAGUAAUUGAAACUGCAUAUAGUUUCGCUAGCAAGACUUUGUUACAACUUGUUAUGGAAGAAAAUGAUCUGAUGGGAAGAUUACGGUCCGUAAAACAUUACUUCCUCUUGGAUCAAGGAGAUUUCAUAGUCCAAUUUAUGGACAGUUGUGAGAGUGAGUUGUGUAAGAACAUUGAUGACUUGGUUCCCACACGCCUGGAGACCUUGUUAGAAUUAGCACUGAGAACAUCUGCUGCCAAUCAGGAUCCUUACAAAGAGGAAAUAAGCAUGGAACUUCUGCCAUAUGACUUAAUCUUUCAAAUGUGCAAGAUUUUGAAAAUCAAUGAUACAGAAUCUUACAAACGUUUGCAGUGUGACAAGAAAGAUCUGACUGGUCUCUUAGCAUUUUCAUUUAACUAUCAAGUUAAAUGGCCUGUCUCCUUGAUUCUUAAUUUUAAUGCUAUAGCAUGCUAUCAAAUUAUUUUUAGACAUCUUUUUUACUGCAAACAUAUUGAACGUCUUUUAUGCAGGGUGUGGUUGAAGAACAAACUUGCAAAAACCUUUUCGCUUCAGUCUUCCCAGAUGUAUGUUUCUGCAUUUGCAUUGAGGCAGCGAAUGCUAAAUUAUGUCCAGAAUUUGGAGUAUUAUACUAUGGUAGAAGUUAUUGAACCUAACUGGGUUUCAUUCCUGAAUAAAAUGAACAAGGUAAACAACAUUGAUGAUGUGUUGGUCUGCCAUUCAGAUUUUCUUGAUUCAUGUCUGAAAGAUUCCAUGCUCACAAAUCCUGAUUUACUUCAGAAUGUGUACUAUCUGUUGGAUAUCUGUAUGGAAUUCUAUGAAUUUAUUCAGGUUGCAGAUAGCUCCAAACUAUCUGAUUCAUCAAUCGGGAGAUCUUAUAUCAGAAAACGUAUAAUUAGUGAAACAGAUAAGUUUGAAGAGGCUAUAGCAAAGUUGGACCAAAGUUUCACAGAGACAUUGGUUCAGUUGGUAGAGCAGAUAAUGCUCUUUAAAUCUGAUAACAAUAAUGAUAAACUUCUCAACCUUGUGUAUAGAUUGGAUUUCAACAGAUUUUAUAAUGUAGCAGUGAAGGAACCAUAUACUCGAGGUGAAGAAGAAACUUCUGGAUUUAAAUUUGUUUGUACUUCGUGUAUUAAGUUGAAUUGUACAGAUGUGGAUUGUUUCAAAAAACAUGUACACCAUGUAGUAGAAACAAAUAAAUUAUUUCAGAAUCAAAUGUUUUUUAUUGUUUCUAUUGAAAUUCGAGAUACCUUGUUA